AUGAAUUCAUCAAUAUUUGAAGUUAAUGAUAAUAUAGUUUAUAUCCUAUUCCCAACAAUUUUAACAGCAAUUGUCUUGAUUGUUAAUCAUAAAUAUGGUAUUAGAUUCACAAAGACCAAUAAUCACAAACUGGCAUUCUUGUUAUAUAUUACAUUAGUAUUAAUAACCUUAAGUGGAUGGUAUUUCCUAUUUAAUAAAACAGAUUCAAUACCAUCAUAUAUUAAUAACAAAUCUCCAAUAAGUAAUCGAAUUGAAAAUUAUAAUUUUGAAAGUAUAACGGUUCCAGGAUAUUCAUUUAUAGUAACAGGAAAAGAAAAUAUUGAUGACAAUUUCAAAUGUUCACAAGUUCAAUUUCAUGAUAGAACCAACAUCAAAUCAACUCAACCACUACCUCUCAAUAAGAAAGAUGAUUUGAAGAUUCUCAGAGAUCAAUUAUAUAAACUCAAGGAUGCUCAAGCCAUAUACAAAGCAUUUUUUCUCGAUACGCCAACUGAAAAAGAGCAAGAUNUUUUCCGAGAUCAAUUAUAUAAACUCAAAGAUACUCAAGCCAUAUACAAAGCAUUCUUUCUCGAUAAACCAACUGAAAAAGAACAAGAUAUAUUAAACCGCAAAUG